UCUCCGCUGGCCGGCGCUCCGUCGUGCGAGGGCCCGACACACCCAUCGACUGCCUAAUUUGAAGAAUGGUGCUUAUGUUGUUCGGCGAACAACACGCAGGUCUAUUGUCUGCUUUGACCGGCAUCACAGGCACAGCAUACAGCACCAUGCAAGAGGUCACAUAUAAAUUUGGACGGGACGCAUCGUUGUCCUUCCUCCAUCUUUGGCCCCAAAGUCGCGUCGGUCCGUUGCAACUAUGGAACUAGCCAACGCUGCUUCGAUCUCGUCUAUCAAUGCUCCUGCGUCCUUUUCUUCUCUCCCCCUCGAACUCCAGGACCAUGUAGCUGGGCUGCUGCCGAAUCGUGACCGCCUCGCUCUCGCGCAAGUCAGCAAAGGGUGUACUCAGGUCGCUGAACGGUACAUAUGGCGGGACCUACACAGCGUCGCCCCUCUACUGCUCUGCCUGCCUCGAGAUGCUUGGCGCGUCAAGCAAACGCCGAUUAAAACCAGUUUUGGGAAUGCCACUAUCGUCCCAUGCGUGUAUCUGGAGCGCGAGCUCACUCGCGAGGACAUCACCACGACUUUAAAGCGACGGGCCACGUACGUGCGAUCCCUAUCCGUGCACCCCUUGUCCGGCAUUCGACCACUCGACCCUUCUGCGGGCCGUCGACAGCCACUCUACCUCCAGUGGGACACCCUCGUCGCCUUCACGAAGCUGAUCAAGCACAAGAGGCUCUUCAAGUACGUGCAGUCGUUCCACGUCGGCCAUUCGCACGUCUUCCACCACAGCGAACACGUCCUGGUGCCGCUCAUGAACAAGAGAAUCAAGACAUUGUCGCUCGCCUGCCCAAUCGUUGACCUCUCGUAUGCCGUCCAAGCGGCGCAGGUGCAACCGACCGAUCUCAUCCUACGCUCCGUCGACGUCAAUAGCCCGAUCUGGGGCGGGAGGGACCGUCGCGGCGCGGUCGACACUGGGGUCCUGGGCGCGCUGGACCUGUGGAUCGCCUCGCUCAAAUCGCUCGACAUGGCGGUGCCGAUGACCGAGAGGGCCCUGCCUGUCAUAGCCCGUGGCAAGUCCCUCCAGUCGUUGACGCUGAACUCCGUGAGCCUCCUCCGGCCCGUCGAAGGGCAUGAUCUGGGCUCUCUCCGGCACCUGUCAGUUACCAACCAGCCCGCGUCCUUCUCUAGGUCUCUCCUGGGCUCGCAGGUGCUCGAAGAAGUCGAUCUCUCCAAUGUGAUGAUACAGUCUGCAAACGAUAUCGCUCAACUGCUUGCCACACUGGCCCAGUCGCCCUGCUUGCGCCAUGUCUCCAUCGUCCGUCACAGCGGCUACAAGGCGGUGGCGGAGGACGGCUCACGAAUUCAUGGCUCGCUAAACUCGAUGGACCUCGCUCCCCUCAUGGCGCUCAGGGAUCUGGAGACGCUCGUCAUCAACGCGACGGACGAUGUUCGUCUCACCGACGCAGACUACGGCGCGCUCGCGCAGGCACUCCCAGCGCUUCGCGUAUGCAAGCUUCUCGCGAAGCCCGUCCCCUACUCACCUGUCCCGCCCGCCGUGGAGUGCACUCUGCGCGCGCUUGUCCCUUUCGCGGUUCACUGCCCGUCUCUGGAGGAACUGUGCAUCCAGAUGAAUCCUGCGAGUGUACCACCCCUGCCGACCGACUUCCGUGGCCACGCCUCUCUUCGCCAGCUCCACGUUGGGCGUUCGUACGGACUCGAGGAUCGGAAAGCAGUGGCUAAGUAUUUGCAUGCGAUGUUCCCGUCUAUCGAGCGGGUGCACAGCGAGCCGUUCAGUGGUGGCGCGGACCCCUGGUUCGGGGUCACCGCAGGGAUUUGGGAUAUCAUACGCCCGGGUGUUGGCGGUUUCAAUAUCUGGUCAUAAGUCGGCUACCCCUCCGCUUGCUUCGUCCAAGGGUUGCCUCCAAUUUGUUUGUAGUGCCCCUUCUAUACAUAAAGUAGUAAUUAAAUCUCACUAUUCGUACCACCUAUGUACAUCUAUAUUGCUGCAGGGCUGAAGACC